UGUAAAUUUACGGGUUUGCCUCUUUUCUUUCGGCAGACGACUACGAUUUUGACUGCUUAGAUUCUGACUAACCUAUAAAAAUCUCAAUCUCCAAAUCCCCUAGGGUUUUUUUUGCUCUUCCCGAGUUCCCACUCUCCUUCUCCACCCCCCAAAACCUUCAGUCCCAAACCACCCCACAAUCAUUAUUACCUAAGUCUGGUCUCCCAAAUUCAAGCACAAAGAGGUAUGCUUUCUCCAAACACUGCGCGGAUAGCGGAAAUUUGACUCUAGAGAUUCAUUGGGUUCCGCUUGAAUCCAAUCUAAAACCCGGGAAACUGAUCGGGCGCUGCUAAAAAUUUGAUCUUUUUUGGUUGGUUGAUUGUUUAAGAAUAACAUCAUGGAUGAUCUUGAAAAGGCCGUGCUUAUCAGUUUUGAUGAAACCGGCACCGUUGAUUCUGCUCUGAAAUCUCAAGCAGUUGCUUUCUGCCAGCAAAUAAAGGAGAGCCCCACGGUGGCCAGAGUUUGUAUAGAGAAGCUUGUCUUUUGCAAGCUCGUUCAGGUUCAGUUUUGGUGUUUGCAGACUGUACAAGAGGUCAUUAGUGGUAGGUAUAGUUUAUUGAGUUUGGAAGAGAAGGAUUUCUUCAGGAAGUCUGUUUUUUCGUUGUGUGGCUUUGAUGGAAUUGAUGACGAGAAUGCUGUGAGGCUUCUGGAAGGUCCUGCAUUUAUAAAGAACAAGCUUGCUCAGGUUUUGGUUACUCUAAUCUACUUCGAGUACCCAUUGCUAUGGUCUUCGGUUUUUGUUGAUCUGUUGCCUCAGUUAAGCAAAGGGGCUAAGGUCAUCGAUAUGUUCUGUCGUGUUUUGAAUGCCUUGGAUGACGAGUUGAUCAGUUUGGACUACACACGGACUGCGGAUGAGACGGUGAUAGCAAACAGGGUUAAGGAUGCAAUGAGGCAGCAGUGUAUAGGGCAGAUAGUGAGAGUUUGGUAUGACAUUGUAUGCAUGUACAAGAAUACUGAUCAAGAGCUCUGUUCCAGUGUUUUAGAUACGAUGAGGAGAUAUAUCUCGUGGAUCGAUAUUGGUCUGGUUAUGAAUGAUGUUUUUAUGCCAUUACUAUUCGAGUUAAUCCUCGUUGAUGGCAGUUCAGAACAGCUUCGCGGUGCGGCCUGUAGUUGUGUCCUUGCUGUGGUUUCUAAGCGAAUGGAACCACAACCUAAGUUGAACAUAUUGCAAGGCAUUCAGAUUGGUCGGGUUUUUGGGUUGGUUACCGGUGAUAGCGACUCGGAGCUGGUAUCAAAAGUAGCUGCAUUAAUCACAGGAUUUGCUGUUGAGGUGCUAGACUGCAGCAAGCGAGUAAGCACGGAGGAUGCUAAAAGGGUGUCAACGGAACUUAUGAACGAAGUUCUGCCGUCAGUUUUUUAUGUUAUGCAGAACUGUGAGGUUGAUUCUACUUUUAGUAUAGUUCAAUUUUUAUCCAGUUAUGUGGCUACUAUGAAAAGUCUCUCUCCCUUAACAGAGAAGCAACUGGUUCACGUCAGACAGAUACUGGAAGUUAUUCGUUCACAAAUUCGUUAUGACCCUGCUUAUAGGAAUAAUCUUGAUAUGCUUGAUAAGAUUGGGAGAGAAGAGGAAGAUAGAAUGUUCGAGUUCAGAAAAGACUUGUUUGUACUACUCUCUAGUGUGGGUCGUGCUGCCCCUGAAGUUACUCAAGUGUUUAUAAGAAAUGCGUUGAAUAGUGCUGUUGCCUCUUCAUCCGACGUAAAUGUCGAGGAAGUGGAAGCCGCCCUUUCUCUUUUGCAUGCUCUUCGAGAGUCGCUGAGUGAUGAGUCCAUUAGAAAUGGAUCUGGUUUGUUGAGUGAGUUGGUGCCAAUGUUAAUCUCAACAAGAUUUCCAUGCCAUUCAAGUAGAUCAGUUGCGCUUGUGUAUCUGGAGACGAUUACCAGAUACAUGAAGUUUGUAAUGGAGAAUACUCAGUAUAUUCCCAUGGUACUGACUGCAUUUUUAGAUGACAGAGGAAUACACCAUCAGAACCUCCAUGUCAGCCGCAGAGCGAGUUACCUGUUUAUGCGAGUUGUCAAAUUGCUCAAAGCAAAGCUUGUGCCUUUCAUAGAGAAAAUACUACAGAGCCUCCAAGAUACAGUUUCCCAGAUCACAAGUAUGGAUUUUACAUCUAAUCAGUGUUCAGGAGCUGAAGAUGGUAGCCAUAUUUUUGAGGCAAUAGGUAUAUUGAUCGGGAUGGAAGAUGUACCAGUUGAAAAGCAAUCCGAGUACCUGGCUUCAUUGCUUACUCCUCUUUGUCGUCAGAUUGAGGUGUUGCUCAUGAAUGCCAAGAAUCUGAAUCCAGAAGAGUCUCCUGCAAAAGUUGCCAACAUUCAGCAAAUAAUUAUGGCAAUUAAUGCUCUCAGCAAGGGUUUCAGUGAACGUCUUGUAAAUGCUAGUCGACCAGCAAUAGGCCUGAUGUUUAAGCAAACAUUGGAUGCCCUUCUCCAAAUUCUCAUAGCAUUUCCGAAAAUAGAGCCCCUUAGGAGCAAGAUUACUUCCUUCAUUCAUCGCAUGGUGGACACAUUAGGAGCAUCUGUAUUUCCUUACAUUCCGAAGGCACUGGAGCAAUUGCUUGCUGAAAGUGAGGGAGUCCAUUUUUUAAUGCCGACAAAGGAAAUGGUUGGAUUACUUGUACUGCUCAAUCAGCUCAUAUGCAAAUUUAACACCUCGGUUCAUGGCAUUCUGGAAGAAGUUUUCCCCACCAUUGCUGGUAGGAUCUUUCCAAUAAUUCCAAGAAAUGGCUUUCCUUCAGGACCUGGUACCAAUACUGAGGAAAUGAGGGAAUUGCAAGAACUCCAGAAAACUCUUUACACGUUUCUCCAUGUGAUAACUACCCAUGGUCUAUCAUCAGUUUUCCUCUCUACCAAAAGUAGAGCUUAUUUGGAACCAACAAUGCAGUUGCUACUUUACACAGCUUGCCAUCAUAAGGAUACGGUUGUAAGAAAGGCAUGCGUCCAGAUAUUCAUCAGAUUAAUUAAGGAUUGGUCUGUUGGACCUUAUGGUGGUGAAGAAAAGGUACCCGGAUUCCAGAGUUUUGUGAUCGAAGUCUUCGGAACAAACUGUUGCUUGUACAGUGUACUUGAUAAAUCUUUCGACUUCCGUGAUGCAAACACGCUCAUUUUGUUUGGCGAAAUAGUGGUGGCUCAGAAGGUCAUGUAUGAAAAGUUUGGUAACGAUUUCCUCAUUCAUUUUGUAUCCAAAAGCUUUCAGUCUGCACAUUGCCCUCAAGACUUGGCAGAACAAUACUGCCAAAAGUUACAGGGUGCUGAUAUCAAAGCGUUCAGAUCGUUCUACCGGUCGCUGAUUGAGAAUCUCAGAGGUCAGCAGAAUGGAAACCUUGUUUUCAGAUAGCAGCAACUAAAGAUUGAAUGAAAGAGAUCAUGUUCUUUUUCUCUCUACGGGUCGUCUCAAAGUUCAUCAAAAGUUGCAGGCUCCCUUUUGUGUAAAUAUAUCAUUUUUGGGAAGGCCCAUCUCACGUACAACGAGUUGUAUAUUUCCGGCACCUGUUUUCUUUCCCCCCCUUUUCUAGCCCGCUAUCCAUUUUUCUUCACCCUCAGGAAUUGGUUUGAUGUUGUGAAACAUUCAUAAAUUUUGGCUGAAUGUAUGUAAUCAAACUUGAAAGUUGAAACCCCCCCACUCCUUUUCUGAAUGAAAAAGGAAAAUAAAAAAAAGAGAAGGGUUUGCAGAAAUGGCUAAAGGUUUGUUGACAGGCUCCAUUUCUCGUGGCCACCGUCCUCCAUGGCGUCAAGUGCAUACAAGUCAUGAAAAAGGGUCAAACUUUGUCAAUUUGGACCGCCAUUAAUGACAGCUUGAUCUAUGAACCUGAGAUGAUCGGCUGGUAUCCUAGGGAUUUGGUAGUGGAUAUUGGUGAAGAAAUAGCCUAUUCUAUCUGAUCCAAUUGUCGCCUU